AACAUCUCUGCCUCAGUCAGAUAGACAUUUUAGGCAAAGCGCUGCAAAGUGCUUUAGGAAGUGACGUUGGUCACACACCAUCAGGAAACAGUGCUUCUUUUAAUAUGUGUAAGUCGUAGGUUGCAGAUCAGGCCGGCGGCCAAAUAUAGCGCAGAAGACGCAGAAAAACGUCUAGAUCACAAACGCAGGUGCUGGUGAAAAGCGUGUGCUUGAGGUGCUUGGAGAUUUUAGUACAGCUGAAUGCCUCUCAUCAGGACAUAAGGGAAGUCUGGCUGCUCUGCCAUGUGUGCGGUGUUGAUUGUGCACACUAGUGAGACCCAGGACUGGGCCACAUAUCUGAGGCUCAUCCUGGAGGCAUCGCAUCACCUCUCUCAGGAUUCCAUUACUUUUUAUCAUGUGGAUGAAGGCAAAUCACUGCAGGAUGAUGAUUAUUCGAUUUUUCACUCCAGCAAAUGCAUCAUGCUUUUGGUCUCAAUGGCAUUCUUAGACCUGCACAGUAAUCCAGAGGCGCAGAACACCUUGAAGAAUGCUCUUCAGCCUCCAUGUAAAGUUGUAGCGUUUAUGUGUGGGGUGUCUGAGAGCGAUGGCUUAAUGGACUACUUUCAGCAGUGGGACCUUUGGCGGAAGCUGGAUUCAGAGGAUGAGCCGUCAAAAUAUGUCUCAACAGUCCUUGAGGUUAUUGCUGAGGAAAAUGUUAAAGAGUGUGUUCAAGAUCAUGAUCAACAUCACGAUCAACAUCAAGACCAAUACCAAUGGAGGACUGACUAUGAAAUCCCACCACCGAAACAAAGUACAGACCUGACUCCCCCAGAGUAUGGCCUGACUGCCCCAGAGUAUGGCCUGACUGCCCCAGAGUAUGGCCUGACUGCCCCAGAGUAUGGCCUGACUGCCCCAGAAUAUGGCCUGUCUGCCUCAGAAUAUGGCCUGGCUGCCUCAGAGAAUAAUGUGACUGCCUCAGAGGAACCAGAAAACAUAGAACAGUCUCACCAGUUCCCCCCACCAGACGACGAUCCAUAUGUCUCAGACGGAAACCCAACACAACCUGUGAGUCCAACUGCAGUAUCAUCAGAAGAGCAGGGCUUUCUCACUGUCCAACCACACAGAAUACUUUGUGGGGCUCAGGUGGAUGUUUAUCUCAUCAUGGUUAAGAAACUGGACAGUCAGGCCAGUGUGGAAGUGGAAUUUCGCUGUAAACAUUCAACAAAGUGUGUGCCUGGAGUGCUUGUGAACGACUGCAUUGUCAGAGCUCAGUCACCUGAUAUGCCAGCUGGAGAUGUGUCAUUACAUCUUUAUACUAAUGAGUCAAUUCUGUGCUCAACGACUGUGACAUACUUCACCGAAAUGGAGGAAAUCAGCAGUUAUCUUGAGAAAGUGAUGGAUCCCAUACAGUUCAUGUGUCAGGCAUUUCAAAUUUCGUCAAAUGCGUCUGAGGCAUUGGAUGAUUUGUUUACAAAUUCACUCAAGAAUCGGAUGCCUGCGAAUGGAUUACAAGUAUUUGGAGUUAGUCAGCUUGAACAGGAGAAUGCGCUGGCAAAUCAGCGGAACUCUGAACUCCCGACGUUACUUCACUUCUCAGCCAAGUACGGGUUAAAGAAACUGACCAGCAUGUUGCUGAAAUGCCCUGGAGCCUUGCAGGCCUACAGUGUAGUGAACAAGAAUGGGGAUUACCCAAACACUCUGGCAGAGAAGAGUGGUUUCUCUGACUUGAGACAGUUCAUGGACAACUACGUCGAGACUGUGGACUUGGUGAAGUCUCACAUGGAGGAAACCACAGAUAAUCCAGCUGAUGCAGACAUCUAUGAGCCGAUGGCGAACACCUCGCAAGAUUUUGUCACAAAGUACUCCAUCCAGGAGGACAUAUACGAGUCCAUGAUGCAGCUGAAUCCUGAGAUGGAGGAGAUGGAGUUGUAUGAGGACUUGAGCUGUGCCUUAAAUGAGGCUGAUAACCCUGAAGAAGCUAUGUUGAGAAAAUUCUUUGAAGUAAAACCAGAGGAGUAUUCAGAGAACAAUCAAGAAGAUCUGGUGAGUAAUGGUUAUCCUGGCACAAGAGCUGAUGAGGAAGAUGACCAUAUAGACAUCUAUGCAGUGGAGGAGGAGGAAGAGGAGGAGGAUCCGUAUAAGAUCUGCUGUCCAGAGGAAAUCUACGACACUGUAGAUGAGCACGAGAGCUCUGCAGUGCUGAAUCGUCCACCAGCCCCAAUUCCUCGGCCGGCCGCGUUAUCUGAGCCUGAUGAAUGCAAAACCUACAUAGCAAGCGUGUUCUCCUCCAAGGAAUCAUUAUACUCAGUAAGCAGCCACACAGAGAACCAGCCUUCGAACGCUUCAGUGUGGCCGGUGAGAGACAACACCCUCAGCAGUGCUCAUGACCCCUACGCUGGCAUGAAGACUCCAGGCCAGAGGCAGCUCAUCUCCCUGCAGGAGAGGGUGAAGGUGGGGGCGCUGACCGUGGAAGAGGCUGUGCAGGAGUUCAAAGCUUGGCAGUUUGACCAGGAAAAACGGGCUCAGUCCAUUCGCUUUCAGCAGGACAAUUUGCAAAGAUUACGAGACAGCAUAACUCGACGGCACAAAGAGAAAGGAAGAAGUGGAAAGGUGGAGGAUCUGGAGAUCACCGCUCCCAUGCAGAGAAGCCUCCAGUGGGGUUCUCAUAUAAAUGUGGAGUGUUCGGUGUAUGAACCCACCCCUCGUUCUGUGACCCUGCCACCUCCCGUUAGCAGACCCCCACAGAGAGGAACCUGGCAGACAGGGAGUGCGUCCAGCACAUCUAGUAGCGGCAGCAACAGGCUGAGCACGCUGAGCACAAUCAGCUACAGCAGCGGAGCCGACGGCGAACUGGAGGAGACUCCAGAGUUUGCUCCUCCUCCUCGGCCUCCACGCCCGAUAGCGGAAGCUCCGCCCACUCUCCCCCCACCCAGAGUCCCUCCACGCACACCUGAACGAUUUCCAGAGAGCAUGCUACAUGAGCGUUACGUAUCAAGUCCGGCUCGUGUUCUAAACCAAGUCCCUCCACAGAGGCCCAUCCCUCCACCACCUGUACCACGGCGGCCACGGUGACCGCCACAUCAUCCUUGCUUUCAUGUCAAUUAUAACAAGCUUGUGGAUUUGUGAAAAAAAAGGACUUUUCACAAUGAGAGAAGCAGAAAGCCAUGGAACAUAGACUUCUCUUCAUGACUGCCCUCUAGUGGCCACAACUUUGAAUGGACAACUGUAAAGGACUACCGCAACGCAUGACAAGUAUUAUGGCGCUUUUGAGGUUUUCUUCAGCAACAUGAAUGAGAUUUUAGCACAUUUUACAAUUUAAAACAGAAAUAGAACAUUAUAAAAUGAGAAGCACUUGAAAAUGAAGCAAUAUUAAUUACAAAAUUGAAAAAUCAAUUUCUUGACUCACUGAUAAACUGAUCACUGGUUCUGUCUCUAUUUUAGUCCAUAUAUUAACUCACUGAUAAACUGAUCACUGGUUCUGUCUGUGGUUAAGUCCAUAUGUUAACUCACUGAUAAACUGAUCACUGGUUCUGUCUCUAUUUAAGUCCAUAUAUUAACUCACUGAUAAACUGAUCACUGGUUCUGUCUGUGGUUAAGUCCAUAUAUUAACUCACUGAUAAAUUGAUCACUGGUUCUGUGUGUGGUUAAGUCCAUAUAUUAACUCACUGAUAAACUGAUCACUGGUUCUGUGUGUGGUUAAGUCCAUAUAUUAACUCACUGAUAAACUGAUCACUGGUUCUGUCUGUGGUUAAGUCCAUAUAUUAACUCACUGAUAAACUGAUCACUGGUUCUGUCUCUAUUUAAGUCCAUAUAUUAACUCACUGAUAAACUGAUCACUGGUUCUGUCUGUGGUUAAGUCCAUAUAUUAACUCACUGAUAAACUGAUCACUGGUUCUGUCUGUGGUUAAGUCCAUAUAUUAACUCACUGAUAAACUGAUCACUGGUUCUGUCUGUGGUUAAGUCCAUAUAUUAACUCACUGAUAAACUGAUCACUGGUUCUGUCUGUGGUUAAGUCCAUAUAUUAACUCACUGAUAAACUGAUCACUGGUUCUGUCUGUGGUUAAGUCCAUAUAUUAACUCACUGAUAAACUGAUCACUGGUUCUGUCUGUGGUUAAGUCCAUAUAUUAACUCACUGAUAAACUGAUCACUGGUUCUGUCUGUGGUUAAGUCCAUAUAUUAACUCACUGAUAAACUGAUCACUGGUUCUGUCUGUGGUUAAGUCCAUAUAUUAACUCACUGAUAAACUGAUCACUGGUUCUGUCUGUGGUUAAGUCCAUAUAUUAACUCACUGAUAAACUGAUCACUGGUUCUGUCUGUGGUUAAGUCCAUAUAUUAACUCACUGAUAAACUGAUCACUGGUUCUGUCUGUGGUUAAGUCCAUAUAUUAACUCACUGAUAAACUGAUCACUGGUUCUGUCUGUGGUUAAGUCCAUAUAUUAACUCACUGAUAAACUGAUCACUGGUUCUGUCUGUGGUUAAGUCCAUAUAUUAACUCACUGAUAAACUGAUCACUGGUUC